AACACAGUGUACUUUUCCGUAUCGAACUAUAGUUUACUGUACGGUCUAAAUUCUAACAACUAAAGAGAUACAUGUAUAUCGUUCAUUACAGCAUUUCGAUGUCACUAUUCUAGUUUAAUAUAUGUAUCGAACCACAUUCACCAUGAAACCUUCGUUGAAAUUAUGGGCUACAGCGACAGCAGGAAACGGUCUAAGGCCAGCGCCAAUGGCAUUGUUACCACCUAUCCCUCUUUACCGACGUCUACUUAGAGCUCAUCGGAAACACUUACCACAUGAGAUGCGUUUACUUGGCGAUGAAUACAUCAAAGCCGAGUUUCGUGCCCAUAGGAAUGUCGAUAACCCAGUGCAUCUAAUUGGAUUCCUCACGGAAUGGCAACUCUACGCUCAGAAAAUCGAAGGCGAUUCAUGGGUUGGCGAUAAGUUGGAUCCCGAGAAAGUCGAGAAGAUGAGUGAUCAACAGAUGGGACAGCUAUAUGAACUCAUGAAAGCGAUUCAGAAGAGGCGAAAGGAUGACAACGAAGAAUAACGUCCGCCAUUAGGUAUUUAGGUACCUCAUCUAAUACUGAUGUACAUAGCCUUUGGAAAUGUACCAUAAGGCAGUUUAAAUUUUGGACGGUAACAUCUUUCACAAUUAGUUGUAUCGGACUUAUUAUAUUAACUAGCCGUAAAAAUCUGAACAAAUAGAUGGGAUUUCUUCUUUGA